AUGACUGAAGAAGACCUACCGGACUGCCGGGCGAGGCAGGUGUGCAGCAAGGUAGAUCUAUACGACGCGACUCAACCUUGGAUCGAGAGGAAGUGUCGUUGUUUGGGACAUAAGCCGUGUUCCAGCGAUCUAUCUGGAGAAGACAAUCAUACGUUGUCGGACAAGACGACACUAUACAAGACGUGUGAGCCGAUAAAGAGAUUGCCUAAGUGCCGCUAUUUCAAAGACGCCGCCUGGACUAUAUACUCGUUCCCGGACACGAAUGCGACGCAGCAGAUCGUCAAUUGCCACUGCCCGAAAGCCUCUAUGACGUAUCUGCUGAAGAAACUGUCGUAUACGACACCUAGCGGGGAACUCGGGAACCAGUACCAGUUCGCCUGCUCGCCCCAAAGCAGGCUGCGGUGCUCGAGGAAGGAGCCGUGCAAGCUGUUCAGCGUGCGGCGGAGGCACGAGCAGAUUGACGAGGUGAACGCCAGCACCAUCUGCCAGUGCCCCAGGGACCACACGUGCCCCAGGCACCACACGGAGCCAGGCGUGCUGCCCGGGGUCACGUACGCCGCCGAGGACAUCCGCACUUACCACGGCUACUGCAUGCCGGACCCGAGCCUGGACACCUACAGGUUCGUGGGCGACAAGGAC